UGUAACAUGCUUCCUUCAAGUUUACGUUUUCUGCAUUCACAGUCAGCGCAUCAUUUUUUCAGUUGUGACAAAUGAUAGAUUGGCAAAUCCUUUUAAAAAAUUUUGCAUCUGAUUAACGCUUGUUUAAAAGCUACCUAAUUUUAGUGUUUAGUGAUUAAUUUAAGAGUCUCCGAGAUGAAUUCUAGCACGCACGUCAUUCAGGUGACAAACGUCUCCCCGAGCACAACCUCGGAACAAAUGAGGACUCUCUUCGGCUUUCUGGGAAACAUAGAAGAGCUCAAACUCUUUCCGCCUGAGUGAGUGAUUUUGGAUAUGCUUUCCUGUCUCGCUGGUUCUUCCUGGAGGAAAUCGCGUAGGCCUCGGUGGGAGCUAAUGCUAAUGGUAGCACCUAUGCGGAGCAGUUGAUAACCACAUCAGCAUCACUACUUUACAUCUUGAUGUCCACUAUAUGUGUGAUCUUAGUUUUUAAUCUUCUGAGACUCUAGCUGAUGCCAUUUAUAGACUGGAAAAUUAGAUACAAUCGAUACAUACAAUAGAUCAGUCGAAAACUGACUCUUAACAUAGGAAUGCUGAAUUUUGACACUAGAAUUUUGUCUGGUGUGUUUUUAAUCAUUCCCCAAUGAGGAUGUUUGUGUGAUCUAUGUGUUUAUGUAUGAAUAGGUCAUGUGUGGCAGUUGAAUCCCCUAAAGGAUGAGUAGAAGUGUCUUUGCUUGUGUUGGAAAAUGUCUUUUAUCUCUAGCCUUUUCAUCAACAAUUGAACCGAGUCUCUUGCUAAAAUGGGACAUAGAGUAAAGGACUAGUUGAUGUUGUAAAAUGAGGACAUUUUAUUUUUAUUCCCGUCUGGCAAAACUUUUUUUAUUGCCCUAUUUUAUUCUUCCUACCCCACCCAAUAAGGACACAUUGCUCAGACUGUAUUAGGCAUGUGCCGGUAUGAUAUUCCUAAGGUGUGAUAACCUUAAGCCAAAAUAUCACGGUUUCACGGGAUCACUGUAUUACAAUUACAGCUCUGUGGCCUAUACUACGAAGCCAGUUUUCUGGCUUAGCAGGGUAACUUCGAGAGUAACUUCAUCACGUGCGACCUAAGUUCGCAGCUAAGCGAGACUACGAAAGGUGGAUAUGUUGGAACCAAGAAGUGUUGCCAUGGCAACACACGCCACACGCCAAACCUGGUCGUCUCAGAGUUAGAUCUUGCUUAACCCCAGAAUUCUAAUUAACCACGCUAUAAUUAAACAGCACUCCUCCGCGGACGUGUCCUCCUGACAAUGACAGCGUACCUGGACGACCCAUACGACAUUGGCGCGCGGAUUGUGAGGGGCUCUCUUCGGAGUGCACGGGUUUUUGGAGACCGCCAGAAUCCGCUGGCGUGCCCGGAAGAUGUUCUCCAUGAAAGAUUUUCAGCUGAGGGAAUUCUUUACCUGUGCCAACUGAUCGAGGCGGACGUCACUAUAAUGUAACCCGCCGAAGUCAGGCCCUCACAAACGGGCAGAUUGUGUGCCUCUCCAUGCGCUCUUUCGCCAGGGACAAUAUAUGCAUUCCAAUGGUGAUGCUGAAUAUCUGCGUAAGAACACUGUAUGCCGUGCGAUUCGAAGUGGGGUAUGGAAACGCUUCAAAUUGAUCGUUGAAAUUGCUGAAUGUAAACGAAUGCGGAGCUUUGCUCUCAUAUACAAGAAAUAUAUUUAACGAACUUUUCCAGCGUUAUUUCGUUGUGUAAAUGAGUUAAUAAUAACGGGUCGGGCUCGGGCCUGCAAAUAAAGUUAAUUGAUCGGGCUCGGGUCGGGCUUGAUUUUUUUAGGCCCAAACUAAGGAAAAAAAAAAAAAAAAAAGACAUACGUAUUCAUACAGUCAAUGGGACUAAACAUACAAUUAUCCUGCUUCAUGUGAUGAUGUGCGAUAAAUUAUUUCUUACUGUUAACGUACCAAAUCUUAUUUUAUUGUCCUGACAGCAGGCUUUGUUUCUUUGCAUGGACAUAAGUAAACUGGCAUAUUGACGCAUUCACAAAUCACACGAUCUGUAAAUUCGCUGUCAACAGACCCGUUGCGUUCUACUCGCUGAAACGGUGUUCGAUUUCGCGGUGAGGGUGGAUUUUAAUUCCUCAUAACUCCGUAUGAUCAUCACGCAUUCCUCCUCCGUGAAGUAAGGUGCCCGUGCCAUCGUCACAAGUAGUGUUUGACUCUGGUCUCCGCCCCCUUUUAUGUGAACGCGCAGUAACUCUGACUGGGUUGACACAGGUUCGACUAAUCAACCUCAUAAUCAGCGUCGUAGCACCGAUUGACCACAAACUAGACAACCAGGUUUUGUCAACUCCGGUUACCCGCUGGUAAACUGGAUUACUUCUGGGGAGGUUGAACUCCGUUCGUAGUAUAGGCCACUGAUAUGUCUUACUUUGAGAUAUCUGGGUAAUAAAAAACACACACAAAAAAACUACCAUAUAACAGGAUUUUUAUUUUUCAAAACCUAUUAGCUUAUCGGAACAUAAGUAUAAUGUUAGGUUCAAAUAAAAAAAAUUAAAAAAUUCUAAAUAAAAUUAAAAUAAAUGCAGUCCUUUAGUUCAAUGUUUUUCAACCAGUGUGCCGUGGCACACUAGAUCGUCAGGUGUGCCGCGAAAAAUGAUCCAAUGUCGCCUUUAUAUAACUGUGCAGAUGAGCGAGGUAUUGCUUGUGUCAAGAACUGCUCGGAUUUCUCACCAUCAGCAACUUUUGCUGUCUGCGCCAAUGUGGAACUUAGCACGUCUAGUGCACAUCAUUUGGUUAGACUCGUUAUGUGUCGAUGUACUCGAAAAUGUCAUUUCUAGUUUAUCCAAAUGUGACAACCAUCAGUCUUCCAACCUGUGUUUUAUUCCAACACAUUGUUGAGGAAAGCAAGGUGUCUAAUGGCUAGAAAUCCGGGCAAUUCUUGAACGCGACACAAGAAGCUAUCCAACAGUGCCAUGGUGCCAAGCAAGUUUAAACGUCACCUUCAAACGAAACACCCGUCGCUUCAAAACAAGUAGAUGGACUAUUUUGUUCGCUUUCGUGAAAACACAGAGAAACUGGCAACUUUUUUGUGGAAAAACUACCAAGGUAAAUCAGAAAGCCCUCAAAGCCAGUUACCUUGUUGCUGAACUUGUUGUUAAAUCCAAAAAGUACCACACUGUGACAGAGACAUUAAUACUACCUGUCUGCAAAGCCAUUGUCUGCGAGAUGCUCGGUCCUGAUGCGGUUAAAGACAUUGCUCAAGUCCCCCUGUCUGAUAAUUCUAAGCUUUUUCAAGCCUAACUGCUAUAAAAAAAUAAUAAAUAAAAACAAAGAAAGACAGAAAGAGAUAGUUGUUGAAGGUUAAGGAUAGUGACUUUUUGUUCAUCUGAACAGGCUCAAGUUUCACAAUGAGUAAGUAAGCAUACUGAGAAAUUAUUUUAGAAUUAAAUAUACAGUACAGAAAAUAAUUUUGGAACAUAUUUGGUUUGUUGUGUGCCGCAAGAUUUUUUUGCAAUGUAAAAAUGUGCCGUGACUCAAAAAAGGUUGAAAAACACUGCUUUAGGUGAGCCUAAACCCACAGCCACAGCUCAACCUUAUGACCAGCCGAACAAAAAUCAUUUAAUUAUUUUCCAUAAAAAGCAAAUGUGUAUGACUCGUAUCAUGUUUACAUUAUACACACACACACACUUUUUCAACACAAAAAAUUGCCAGAGGAAAAAAACACCACGUUGAACCAUCGCUAGACACACUAAACACGCUGGAGUUGACUCUAAAAAGCAGGUGGGAAACAUUCAUAAAAGUGUUUACGAAUAUGGUGCUACCUUGACAUGCGAUCGCUUAGACACACGAUCUUUUCGACGUCCGACGUAAAAUUUUAUUCGCCAUUUGUUUCUACAUCCGACGACAUGCUCGAAAUACGAUGACAUGACAGCACCGCAGACGGGUGCACGUCGGAUUUUCUUGAGACAGAAAUCAACACAGGUUCCAAGAAGGUUAGUGCAGGUGGCGAAGGGGAAAAAGGUGACGCUAACCUGGAGGGUCCUCCCAUCGGCAUAACCCCGAGGCGCAAUGAAGGUGAGGGCCAGCUCUCAGAAGCCGGCCGCAGUGGGGAGCCAGCCUGAAAGCCGCUGGGGAAGAAGCCGCGUUACUUCUAACCGCUGGAGAGCCAGCCCAGAAACCGCCGGGGAAGAAGCCCCAGUCUCCGCUGAUCGGCUGCGAGGGGGGCUCCGUCGCGGCGGCACUUUCGCGCGAUUUAUUUCAGAACUUGUGCAACACAACACGCCUACUGUCCACUGCAGUUGAUGGUUUUCUCAAGAAAACAUUAAAAGUGAAAGUAAACUCUCAACCGCUCCGCUCCCUCUCUCUAACACGUCAGACACAUGGUGCGUUCAAGUACAGCAAACGUCCGCCACAUUAGAAUCUGAUUCUUACAUUAUUACAGGAAUUAUUAUCAUUUUAUUAUUCCAGUUUUUAUAAAUAAUGUAUGUGUUUUGCUGUAUGUAAUUGCCAUUUCUAAUAGUACCAGCAGUAUUUAUUAAGGAUUUAGUGUAGGUUUUCGGGCUGUGGAACGAAUUAAUGGAGUUAUAAUGUAUUCUUAUAGGAAAAUCAUGCUUGACAUGCGACCAUUUCGACUUACAAACAAGGUCCUGGAACGAAUUAACUAUGUAGAGGCACAACUGUAUUUAAUUGUGUAUAAAUGCGAAAUCAUAUUGGUGGAAUUUCCUCCUUGGCAGCAACCCUCCGCAAAAAUGUUUUACAUCUUGGUUGGCCCUCCUCUUCUCAUACGCAGCCAUCUGUAACUUUUCUGUAGCCAAAGUGUUCCCAUACCAGCGAUUUUGUUUUUAUCGAUGGGGGAAAAAGUUCAGGAGUUUCCCCUCCUCCAGCCAGCGUGUAGCACAGUUGACUCAUUGACACUGAGCAACAACUGGUGGGGGAGGGUUGAGCCUUACAGCUGCAAGCGAGGGAUUUUUCCAUGCAUUUUUGGGACAUAAAAAAUAGGGGUGCAACGGUUCAGUUAGCACACGGUUCGAACCCCGGUUUUGGGAUUACGGGUUCGGUUUCGGUUUGCGUUUUGCUUUUUUUUUGUUUUUUUAACUGCCUUUAUUUUGCUUUUUAAAAAAUGAAAUAAACACUUAAAAUGUAAACAUUUUCGACUGUUAAAAUGCCUCUUAGCUCUUUGGCUAGUGUAGUGACUGACUACUGAAAUACACAGUAGUAAAAAAGUUACUUGGCAAAGUAACUGGUGAUUGCUUUCAUGUUUUUUUUUUCCAUUAAAAAAAAAACAAAACAAAAAACAUAGUAACCUUUGCUAUGUUUGGAGGUCAUUUAAUGUUGUGAAUCAUCCGUUAAAGUUGAUAAAAUUGUUCCCGAUUUUGCAUUAGUUCCCUUCUGUCUACUUUUGACAUGUGAAAAUUUUAAAACUGUUUCAUCCUUUAAAGAUAGACUCAAGUCAAGAUUUUGCCGAUUUAGGAGUAUUUUAGAUAAAAAGUUGCUUAGGUUCGCUCGUAAGGUUUACUACAACAGAGCCUUUCUGAGAAGUUUACUGCUCUAAAAUGGCGGCUGUUUACUAACGCUACCGAGUCUGUCAUUUCGCAUGUAGUUCUAGAUGCCUGAGACAUCUAGGCGUAGAUUGUAUGUUGUCGGCUAAGUCAGGUAAUAUUGGAGCCACCUAGCCUAGCAUCGCGUUUGCUACAGCAUCUCAACAAACUCUUUCCUCUCCGAGUCUCUGACUUUUCUCGCGUCAAUCAAGCAACGCAUUGUCUCGUUGCAGAAACGGUGACCAGAUCCGAACGGAUGAAAAAAAAAAACGUAAUGCAAGAAAAACGUGCAGAUUUUGAACGUAAUGUACGGCAUACACAUUCAAAAACGAGUGCUCACUUGUACAAAUUACGACGAGACCGUACAAUUUGACAGGUAUGGAUUAUAGUGGACCGUCACAGUUAGGUAGUAGCACUCUGUAGCACGGGACAUCCAACUUCCAACUAUCAGUGGUCAGGGCGAAACUAUGUGCUUUAGCGAAAUCUUUGAUGGCUUUGCGUGCCAUUUCAUAAAUGUCGGGGAUUACGUUGUUGGAGAAAUAUGUCCGCGAGGGAACAAUGUAACGCAGGUCAAGUGUUGCAAAUACAUUAACGAAGCCCGCCGUGUGUUUUCACUGGUGUCAUCAUCGGGGUUGUCCUACCCUGAGAAAGUGAUAUCUGUGGGUGAUGCUGGCUGAGGUGCCGGAGUCAUGUUAUAAAAAGUGUUGCCAUUAGCAUGGGGAACAAGCGCUCAGCAAUGCUUGCAAUUUUUUCUUCUUCAAUAUUUUCUCUCCCUCCGCAUUGUAAUCCACCUGGAAACCAAAAUAUUGCCACACCGCAGAUUUGAAAGAAGCCGGUGCUUCCUCCUCGGUCUCUCCACUUGCCAUAGUUAUUUGUUUUAAUUCUUGUUUCACUUUCACUUCGCUCGAGUUCGGAAUACAUAAAUUGCAAAACCGAAAAGGCGCGGUUCAUAAAGGCUUAUUGAACCGUGCAGGGCGAACCGAACGGUUCGACUUUGACCCGCAAACCGUUGCACCGCUAGCUAACACCUUAGGGACGGUAUGACAGAAUUUUUUUGUGGUUUUGAAACCUUGACAUUUUCAUACCACGGUAUACCUUGAAACCAGUAAUCGGCACAUGCCUAGUUUAGAGACUUUGUCCUAGAGGUGAUUGACUGUCUUCAUUGAAGAAGCGGUCUUAUUGGGUUGUCGCUGUUUGUAUGUUUUGCACAACAUAUGUGUGUUUUCUUUCAGUGACUCUCCCUUGCCUGUGACUUCACGUGUGUGUUUUGUAAAGUUCCUUGAGUCUGAGUCAGUGGGAGUCUCCCAGCACUUGACCAACACUGUCUUCGUGGACCGGGCCUUGAUUGUGGUGCCGUUCGCAGAAGCGAAGCAGCCGGCGCGAGUCGCUUGUUCAUAAAACAUCUAAUGAAAGUUGAGAGCACAUCCCACGGGACAACUGGCUGUGCUUGCUUACGUUUGGUUCAUGACUUAAAAAACAAGUACAGGAGUCAUUCCCGAUGAAUCUAAAGCCAUGUCGCUGCUAGCGCCAGCCAACGCCGUGGCGGGAAUGAUGCCAGGGGCAGGCCUUCUUCCAACACCUAAUCCUCUGGCUUCGAUGGGAGGAACACCGUUUGGUGGGCUCGGAGCUCCCAACCUGGAGCAGAUGGCUGCGAUGGGAAUAGCAGGACCGAACGUGAGCCCCCAGGCGCUUUCUGCAGACUUCCUCAAGCUCAUGCAAUCCAUGGAUCCAAAGUUAAAUCCACUUGCAGCUGGGCUGAAUCUAAAUCCCGGCUUGAAGAAUGACGGUGCCAACAAAGAAAUCGAAGAGGCCAUGAAGCGAGUCAGAGAGGCUCAAUCCCUCAUUUCUGCCGCCAUCGAACCAGGAAGUAAGAAAGAUGACAAACGCAAACGUUCUCGAUCUCGCUCCCGAUCACGGCGCAGGCGGUCCAGAUCUCGCUCAAGACACAGGCGCUCCCAGAGCAGAUCUCGGCGGAGGUCCCAUUCGAGGAACAGGAGGAGGUCCAAGAGCCCACGAAGGAGGAGGUCCCACUCUCGUGACAGAAGUCGACGCAGCAGAUCGAGAGACAGGAAGGAGGAAAAGUCCAAGAAAAGGUCAAAGACUCCACCCAAGAGUUACAGCAGUGUGAGGAGAUCUCGCAGUGUCAACCGGAGGCACAGGCGAAGCUGCAGUGUAUCCAGAUCCCCAAAGAAGCACUUGACUCGGUCUCCAUCGCCCAGACGGCAUAAGAAGGAGAAGAAAAAGGACAAGGAUCGUGAAAAGGAGCGCGAUCGAGAGCGGCGGGAGCGAAGGGACCAAAGCAGAGACCAGAGAGAGCGCUCGUCCAGUAAAAAGAGCAAAGACAAGGAGCGAGACCGUGAACACAAGUCAGACGGUGAUAAAGGCGACGUCAAGGUGACACGGGAUUACGACGAAGAGGAGCAAGGUUACGACAGUGAAAAGGAAGUGGAGGAAGAUGACGAGGAGGAGGAGAGGAAGAGCGACUCGGACAGCGCCUCGUCGCCAAAAUGUCUAAACAAGACUAGGGGGGGCCUGGGGUACACCCUCAAAAAGUCCAGAGUGAACGGAGACGAUCACUAUCAGCGAGACAUGGAAAUGAGUGACUAAGAUCUCCAAAUACAAAAAUGUGAAAUGAAGGCAACAAAACUGCCUGAUUAAAGUACAAUAUGUGGCAUCACCCUGGAGUUAUACUGCAUUCGUCUCAUCUCCAAUGCCAGACGUAAGACGUGUGCGUGCAUCGGCCACAGGAUGGGAACAGAACACCCAAAUUGCUUACAAACCUUAAAACGUAUAUAAAACACAUCAUGUUGCAUGCAAACAUUGUUCCAUAAAUUCCUUCCAUGGUGACAAAAAUGAAGUUUGCAAUGCUCUUUCAUCCUCUUUAUUAAACGUGCCAAAAACACGAUACCUAAAGUUCCUUUCUGCCACCAGCUCGCCUGCUGUUCCGCUUUUUCACUCUCUUCUCUCGACCUCAAAUGACUGCAUUCAUAUUUACAGGCUUGCAUCCACAUGACAUCAUUUAGGAGGAUUUAAUGUAAUAAUAAUUUAAACAACACUAAACUUUUCAACCAUUAUAAAAUAUUUUCAUAACAUUUGUGAUGUUUCGACUGAAAAUUAGUUGAAUGACACCUUUUUAUAUCUUGAGGGGGUCUUUAUCGCUUUCACUGGCAUUAAUUAACUUUGAGGAGGGUGGCAGGAACCCUGCAUACAAAAAAAACUACAAAUGUGCUUUACAGCAUUUGCCACUUCCCCCUUUCCCCAUUCAUUAUAAAGCUUGAAGUCGAUGCGAAGGCUUUUGCGCGAGUUCUACAAAGAUGGCAGAGCAACAAAAAGUUUUGUCUGAGGAGGAGAACAAAAAGGGUGCCUACCUGGAUAAACAGAAUAACAUUGGCCCAGCUUUCGUUGGCUGGCGUGACGGGGGUUAGCCACACUAAGCCACACGAUUACUAACCAUCAUAUCCUAUUGUGUAGUCACAAUCGCUUUCACUGGCACUAAUUAACUUUCAGGAGGGUGGCAGGAACCCUGCAUACAAAAAAAAAUUCAAAAUGUGCUUUACAGCAUACGCCACUUCCCCCUUUCCCCAUUCAUUAUAAAGACUGAAGUCGAUGCAGAAGGCUUUUGCGCGAGUUCUACAAAGAUGGCAGAGCAACAAAAAGUUUUGUCUGAGGAGGAGAACAAAAAGGGUGCCUACCUGGAUAAACAGAAUAACAUUGGCCCGGCUUUCAUUGGCUGGCGUGACUGGGGUUAGCUACACUAAGCCACACGACUGCUAACCGUCAUAUCCUAUUGUGUAGUCACAACUACAUUCAUUACCUUAUUACUAGGGAUGGGAAUUGACAGGAUUUUUACGAUUCCAAUUCCAUUAUCGAUAUUGAUUAAUGAUUCGAUUCUUUAUCAAUUCUCUUAUUGAUUCUAAUUUGGGGAAAAAGAAGAACAAACGUUUUGAUUGGCAUUGAGUUUGUUUUAUCAGAAGUCACAACCUUAAAAACUCACAACAAGGUCAAAAGAGGCCCAAGGCCUCAAUAUUAACCGUGGCAAUAAGUGGAAAAUGCACAAGAAUGUAACAUUUUACUGAAACAUUUUUCUAAUAGAAAUAAAAAAUAUUGGUAUAUACUGGCAUAUACAGUAGGUCGUUGGUCUGCCGUUAGCAAUAUGUGUUAAAACUUGCAGGGGUCCCCAAACUUUUUCCAGUGAGGGCCGCAUAACUUUUCCCUUCUCUGAUGAGGGGCAGGGGUCAGUUUGUAACAGAAAAAGUGUGACGAUCGCAGGAGUGCCUAAAUGUAAAAAAAUAUUGUUUUUCAGAAUGCCACAAUCAAAUAACCCUUUCUGGAUAUUUCACGGAACAAAAGUAAAUAAAAUAAAAAUAAUAAUAUAACAAUAAUUAAUAAAAAUAACACUAUUAAUCAAAUAGAUAGCACCAAAUAACCCUCUCUGAGUUCUUCACAGAAAAAGGCCAGAAAAUAAUUAACACUAUUGAGAAAAAAAAAAAAAUUCAAAAUGCUCUCUGGUAUUGUUCAGGGGGCCGGACCAAAUGUCGGGGCGGGCCGUAUUGGGCCCGCGGGCCGUAGUUUGGGGACCACUGUUAAAGUAUUUACCAGUAUAUUGAAAUGCAUGCCUUUUAGUUUUUAUGGUGCUUUCACGCUCAAGUGGGGGCGCCCUUGCGCUUCCUCACGCGAAGAACGCGCUCACGUGAAGAAGAAAUGCCGCAUCCAAGCGAGUUAGUGAGAGAGGGAAGCACUGUUGCAACCCUACGUUCUUUGUUAAUGUUAAUAUCUACAGAGGCAACGCCUGUAUGUAUCAUCUUUUGUGUUGUUGUUGUGUGUUUCCACUCGCCAUCGGACACUUAAAUCCAGUUGUGUAGUGGUUUGAACGAUGUGCUAAUGCUAGCGAACGCAUGCUAACUGCUUUGUUAUUACUGAAUUAGCCGCUAAUCAUCGCUGAUUUACGUUGAUGCAAACCUGUUUGUUAUUGGGGACGAAAUUGAUUUGUUUCAUUUCUAUUUUUAGUUUCACUCUUCAAGUGAUGGUUGAAUAAAGUCAGCAAAUUAUA